AUGGAGAGAACGAAGGAGAAGAACAACGUGUUGGUGGUGGAGGCUCGCGAGCCUGGCAGCAAAAAGUCCAAGCUCUACGCGUACCUGCUAUGGCUGUUCGGCGGGCUCUUCGGGGCCCACCACGUGUACCUCGGCAGGGACGAUCAAGCUUUUGUAUACAUGAGCACAUUCGGCGGUUACCUCGGCAUAGGUUGGCUCCGAGAUAUUUACGCGAUACCGUCAUACGUGGCAGACGCGAACGACAACCCAGCGUUCAUCGAGGAUUUCAAACGAAAAGUCCGCGCUAAUCGCAAGCCGCCGUUUUCCGCGGCGCGAUUCGUGGCGGAAACUUCCGUCAGCUACUUGUGGGCCGAGCUGUUCAGGAGCGCGAUCCCGCAGGAUGAGGUGUUUGGCAUUAAUUUCAGGCAUCUAGUGAUCCUAACGCCCGCCGUGAUCGCGUUAGGCGUUUGGCUGGUCGGCAACAUUGGCCGAGAGCAAGGUUCGAUAUGGAUACCACUCGUCACCGCUUAUCUGCCCUAUCCGACGUUGUAUUAUAUCGGCGACGAUACCUUGUGGGUUUUCCUCAUGGUGAUCACCUCGAGCCUCAGCUUCGACACCUUUAGCAAGCAGUGGCGGCUGAAACCGAGAAAGAAAAAGAGCCUCGUACGUAGGACGGCGUAUCUAGGCUCAGCGCUCAUGCUCUAUUUCUGCGUGAUGGGAAGCUACUUGUACUUCAACGCGGUCGUCACGGACAGCGAAGGCGAGGAGAUCAAGCUGUCGGAAGCGGUGCAGCAUUUCCUCACCUCGCCCAUUUGGCUGGAUCUCAAGGUGAGCCUGGAGGCCAUGUGGAACCAGGCGAAGCACGACGGAUUUUGGGCCACGUGGGCGCACCUGGUGGAUCUCACGGAUCCUCGUGGCGAAAUAAACGCUUACAAGAUACUUGACCUUCCACAAACCGCGACGCAGACCGAAGUCACGGCGCAAUGGAGAAGACUCUCCAGAGACAAUCACCCGGACAAAGUUAAGGGCACGGAGGUGGAGAGGCGUCAGGCUCAGGAGAAAUUCAUGGAAAUUCAACAGGCAUAUGAGAUCUUGUCGCGAGCCAAGAAUCGCAGGCAACGUCGGAACCGUCGUUCCGAAGAAUGAAUCGCGUGUAGUACUUCGACAUUUGGACAUUGGCUGCUCCUUCGAAUGUCGAACAAAAUGAAACACGUACAAAAUGACGCACACUGCUCAGUGUUGCAGAGAUAGAAUUAAGCCAAUGAAAGUAACAGAGGGGGCCGAUUGAUCAAGAAGACAUUUAUUUAAACAACCAUCUCUGACAAUAACUGCAUCGAUAUAAAAUCUUGUACGUAAAACGUGUGUUAUAUAAGUUAGA